UCUACCAGGUGUUUCCAGGAGGUGCAGGCAGUGGUCGAACAUCAUCUUGAAACCUCUACAUUUAAACAUCUUUUAAUAACUACAGCUUUCAGGUGUUUUUCCAGGAGAGUCUUUCAGGAGAAGGAAUGACCUGUUGUGUUUUCAUUUCAGAAUGAUGUUGAAUGACAGAUGGACCAUCAUGAACAACAGCAGCUCAGAACUGGACAGCAAACGGCCGAACAAGCACAAGAAAUGCUGCAACAUCCUGUCAUGGUCUAUUGGCAUGUUGGUCAUCGUAGCAGCUCUUGUCACGGGAACAGUCACCAUCCUGUACGUGAACCAGUAUCCUCUGCCCUUCAUAAACAGUAACAGGGAACGCGGCAUCGCCUCCUCCUCACCCGUGAUCUCAACCAACUCCAAAGACUCCGGCGCCCUGGUGACCGUCUCCCGCGUCACAGAUGGAGAGCCAAUCAGCAUCUUCCUGGAUCCCAACUGUCCAGACUACAGCGCCAACUUCCUGCGCUGGGAGGCGCUGCAGGGCUCUCUGCUGCGAGCACUGUCCGGUCACAGCACAGAAGAAAGGCCAAACUCGGGAUUGGCCCAGAGGCUCUCGGAGGAGCUGAAGGUGCUUUCAGGCCACGCCCACAACCUGAGGCUUGAAAGCGAUUCGCUGAAGAGAGGUCAAGGUGUUCUGGACCAAAGGCUGGACGGGCUGCAGAGCGAGCAGAGCCGCAUCAUCCAGGUGUUGUCAGACAGCCACUCAGGCAUCCUGAAGUUGGCCGCAGGUUUCAGUGAUUCUCUGCUCAGCCUGCAGAGGGAGACAGAGAGUCUGAAGAGACUCAACAGUGACAUGCAGAGGGACAGCAAGAACAAAGACGUCAGACCCAGAGACUGCAGCGAUGUCUUGGCGUCCGGCAACACUCAGGAUGGAGUUUAUUCUGUGUUUCCAACUCAUGACCCCAACGGUUUCAUGGUUUACUGUGACAUGACCACCGAUGGAGGAGGCUGGACGGUGAUCCAGAGGAGAGAGGACGGCUCAGUGAGUUUCUUCAGAGGCUGGGAUGCCUACAGAGAUGGUUUUGGAAAAACUACAGGAGAGCACUGGCUGGGUCUCCAGAGGAUCUACUCCCUCACCAGGUCAGGCGGUUAUGAGUUGCGGAUCGACAUGGCCGACUUUGAUAAUGCCACAGCAUUCGCACAAUACGGUGAUUUCUCUGUUGGUCGAGACUCUGUGAACCCCGAAGAGGAUGGAUACCCGCUGAUCGUGGACCAGUACUCUGGGACUGCAGGGGACUCCCUCUUGAAGCACUCUGGAAUGCAGUUCACCACCAAAGACCGAGACCAGGACCAGUCAGAGAACAACUGUGCAGCAUACUACCAGGGGGCAUGGUGGUACCGCAACUGCCACACCUCCAACCUGAACGGGCAGUACCUGAGUGGAGGCCACGCCUCGUACGCUGACGGUGUGGAGUGGUCCAGCUGGACGGGCUGGCAGUACUCGCUCAGGUUCACAGAGAUGAAGAUACGACCUAAUACUAAAUCAGACUCUUCACCAUCUGGUCCUAAACUUGACCCCUGACCUGCCCCCCUCUCCUUAAACCCUAUCCUACCCCUGACCCUUGAAUUAUUCUGCUGCCCAUUAACCAUGAUCUAAACCUGACCCCUUGCCUUUACUCCAAACCUUACACCCUGACCCGCACUUGAUCCCUAUGUUUUCUCCUGCCCUCACACCUUUGACCUCUGACCUUUGCCCCCUGUACAUUCCUCUGCAGCGACUUCAGGAAAUAACAGCCGUUUUUUGUGUGUGUGUGUUCUGUUAAAUGUGAUUGGUUCUUUGUAUCUUAAAGUCGAGAUGUAAUGAAAAAUGCCUUUUUACACCUUUUAGAACACGUACCCCGGUAUGCUGUGGAACUAUUUGAUGAUCAUUUGUUUUUAUUUCAUUGCAUUCUUUGAUCCAAAACCAAUCAGUGUCUGCUUUUUGGAAAGCAAAAUGUGACAUCUGCUGAUGAAAACUUGAACCAACCAAUAAAGUCAUGACAUUCACCAACCAAUAAAUGUUUAGCUUAAAGCCCUGCUGAUCCAAGAAUAAAUUC